AUGGGUUACACCUUGCAUGCAUGGAAUGAAGGCUGCAAAUUACUUGAGAUUGAAUGUGACUCUCAAGCUGUGAUUCAUAUGCUCACACAUGACGUUGUGGACUCACAUCCCCUUUUCAGUUUAAUUAAUGGUUGUAAAGAGUUUCUCGGAAAGGAUUGGUUAUAUCACUUGUCGCAUGAGUACAGAGAGCAGAAUCGUGCUGCUGAUCACCUUGCUGCUGCAUAUUUUGCAUAG